AUGUCUUCAUCCGCAUCCUCAUCAAAACCCGCAGAUAAACAACCGGAGAAACCCAAGGAAGACGACAGCCAGCCGCAUCUGGGGGUUCUCGAAGAAGACGACGAGUUCGAAGAGUUCGAAGUCGCAGACUGGGAUGAUUCUAGUACGGAUCUAGCGCACUUGAAGGGUGCUGCUCCUGGCGUCGCAAAAUCAGCGGGGGAUAAACUUUGGGAAGAUAAUUGGGACGAUGACGACAUCGAGGAUGAGUUCAGCGUGCAGCUACGGAAUGAGCUUGCGAAGACGGGGAAGGCAACUGGAGAGCCGAUGCAGCAAUAA